AUAAUGUCGCUGAUCGUACGAGUCCGUGCCAUAUGACGCCACUUCCCAAGAAGCGAACUCACAAACCCUACUAUUGCAAAGGCAAUGGACAUGGAUAUACCAUGUAGUCGUGCUGACGUUGCAUGCAGCACGCAAAUUAAUAUUCAUAAGCCUCGCCAUGAUUAGCAGGAUUCGGUCAAUCGCAAACGCCUCUUAGCCUCUCGCAAAUUAAUUAUGGCAAACGUCACCUCAGAUGGCUAAUAUUCAUGAGAAAGCCUUCACAGUAGUGCGAUGCGUAAUUCUGCUGGCCGGUCGAGGAGGCGUUGUCCCUUAUUACAGCGUCACCGUCAUCUAAUGCAGAAGCCGGCUAUCCUGGAGGGUUCCCGCUCCUGUACUACGCACUGAAUACCUAUAGAGUUCCAUCUGUGUGUUAGCUGUUAAUUAGUGCUUGCGAACAGGGCUUUAUGAGAUGAUGAAGAACGGGCAUCAUGUGAUCAGUCCGGAGAAGAGGAGGCGCGCGGUGCGCGUGUGGUGCGAUGGAUGCUAUGACAUGGUCCAUUAUGGUCAUUCCAACCAACUUCGACAAGCCAAGGCUAUGGGGGACUACCUCAUUGUUGGAGUGCACACUGACGAUGAGAUCUCUAAGCACAAAGGUCCUCCAGUGUUCACUCAGGCGGAGAGAUAUAAGAUGGUGCGAGCCAUCAAGUGGGUGGAUGAGAUCGUAGAAGGAGCUCCAUACGUGACCACACUCGAGACUCUGGACAAAUACACAUGUGAUUUCUGUGUUCAUGGAGAUGACAUCACUCUUACUGUGGAUGGAAAAGACACAUAUGAAGAAGUGAAAAGGUCUGGUAGGUACAGAGAGUGUAAGAGGACUCAGGGAGUGUCCACUACUGACCUGGUGGGCCGCAUGCUUCUCAUGACCAAAGCUCAUCACAGCAACAUGGGCAGUUCAGACUAUCAACAACACACAGACAACUUUGGAAGAGUGAGUGUUUUAUUCCCUUUGGCUCUUCUUGUAGAAACAGAGAAUAACUUCCUCUGUCAGUGAUGUCACGUACACUUGACACAAAUAAAAAAAUGCAUAACAGAUGGC